AUCCAUACUCGUCGACAGGUCGGUGCUAUGAGUAGUGGAUUUGGUUUGGUUUAACAACCCCUCCUACCCCCCCAAAAAUACAAAAAUACAAAUGGGUUUCACUGCCUAGCGUUUGGUUCUUCGAUUAACAUCAACCAUCUCUAUCUCUGCUGUCUGAAAAUCGUCAGACUCAAAAUAUUAAAGUGUUCAUUCAUAGUAUGAAGACCAUCCAGCUAAUAAUAUCAAGGCAAAUUUCCUCAUUCGCCACUAGGUUGUUGUGAUAGAGAGCCAUUGUGGGAUUUACAUCUUUUACACAGUUAACGCACAACAGUCCUCAAAAAUGGCAGCAAUUCCAUCCAGUGGCUCUCUUGUUGCUACCCAUGACUACUACCGACGGCGCAUAGGAUCCACUUCCAGCAACAGUUCCUGUGGCAGUUCAGAUUAUGCUGGGGAAGUUAUUCCACACCACCCAGGUCUACCCAGACAAGACUCAGGCCACUGGUGGGCCAGUUUUUUCUUUGGGAAGCAGAGUACACCUAAUGGACAUGACACCCAGGCCAAGGCUGGGACUUACACUGUAACUAAUGGCCAGGUGACUUGCAUUGCCAAGGAAAUGCUGCAGAAGAGAAAGAUGAGUGAAAGCAGUGAGCAAGGAAAUCCCGAGCCCAGCACUCCCCCUGCUUCAUAAAUUCACAAUCCAUACAGACACCAAUUUUAAAACUACUUUCUUACACAACAUCAGAUCCAUGGGUAGACACCCCAUUUUCCUUUGACUUGUUAGACUGCUUUUGAUCUUGCUCAGGCUGCUUUUUUACAGAUGACCAAAAAAAAGUUUCAUUAAUAAAAAAAUAAUAAUAAUAAUACCUUUGACCACUUUUGUUAUUGUAUGCCCUUUGAAUAAAAGGCUGCAGCCUA